AUGUAUCUACUAGUAUUGGUGGUUAGUUUUACAAAUCAGGAAAAUUUAACAAACCCAGUCGAUACUUUACCAACUACUCGUACAACUCCACCACAAGAUAGAAAGAAUAAUAAUAAUAAUCAAAAUCAAAUGUAUAAUAAUACAUAUGCAUAUGGCGAUCCUCGUCAACAACAACAACAACAACAAAAUCAACAACAACCAGGAGGAUACCCACAAGCCGUACCUAAUAACUACUACUCUUAUCACCAGAGUUAUACCGGUCCACCACCAACCACCACAACAGGUUAUUACUCACCACCAAAGAGUGUAGCUACACAUUCUGGUAGCCAACAAUACUAUAGUAACCAUGGUCAACAUCAACAAGCUCCACCUCCAGUUCCACCAAGACCAACUCAACCAUACCAAUCUUCAUCAUCAAAUCCAUCUGCUCAACAACAACAACAACCAAAUCAACAUCCAUAUCAAUCAUAUGGAUAUGUAGCUCAACAAACUACAUCACCAACACAAUCAAGAUAUAAUACUAAUCCACAACAAUAUCAACAAACAAGUCCAUCAAAUAGUCAACAACAUGUUCAUUAUCAUCAACAUCAUCAUUACUCACCUGAUAUGGGAUCAAGUAAUGCAAGUUUAAAGAAAUCACCACCCCCAAGAGGUGAUACAAUCCCACCAAUUCCAGGUGCAUAUGGUGAUGGUGUCCAUGAUGAUACUAUUGCAGUCUCAAGAUAUAUUCAAAAUUAUCCUUCUUCUCAAGUUCCCAUUCCACCAGGAAACUAUUUAAUUACAUCAUCAAUUAGAAUAACAAAAAGUAAUAUUCAAAUUAUUGGAUCAAAUGAUGUUAAAUUUAUUGGUAAUUUUGCAAGUUGGGUAAAUGAUCCUCCAAUGGGUACUCAUUUUAUUCAUGAUGUAGAUUAUAUCUUUGUACUGACUGGUGACAAUAUUCUAAUCAACAAAUUGAAUCUAUACAAUUUCUGUCAGAAUUCAAAGAGUGCAGCUGCCGUUUUACUGUUUGGCAAUGGAUUUGUGAUGAUGAAUUGUUUACUUGACAAUUUCAAUCAAGGUUUGGUAUUUGGUAGAAUGAACAUUGGUGAUGGUCGAACCAAAGACAUCUCAUUUUCAAACAUCAAGGUGACCAGCAACCAAAUCACCAAUAUCAUUGGGUUCCCAGGUGGCAGUAUUAGUUAUGGUGACGGUAUCUGUUUCUUUGGAUGCAAGGAUGUGGUCAUUGCUAACAACUAUGUCUCUGCAAAACCAGGAUGCACACCUCGUAACGGUAUCAAUUCUGGACCAGAGGGUUAUGUCACAUCGACCAAUGUAAAGUAUGACAAUAAUACUCUUCGUGGUGAUUGGGAUUACCCCCUCACUACCGAGGGUGGAUCCAACUGUAUCCUAUCAAACAACGAUAUUCAAGGUAGCAACAAAGCAGGUAUCAUUGAAAGAGGUACCAAUAUUCAAGUGAUCAAUAACAAGGUAACUAUUCAAGCUAGAACUCCCGGUGAAGAUUGUGCUGCCAUUAAUCUCUAUGGUGUAGAUCAAUGUUAUAUUUCUGGAAAUACAUUGGGAGGAGAAGCAAGAUAUGGAAUUAUUGCAAUGAUUUCACACGAAACGGCAGGUGGUAACCAAACAGUGAUUGAAAACAAUACGAUUGAAGGAAACUUUUUCUCGUGUGUCUAUUUUGGACAAGGAGUCAAUGAUGUGACGGUAAGAGGUAAUGUGAUUUUGGGAAAUAGUACAAAUAAUGAUAGUGCAGGUGUACAGUGUUGGUAUGCUACUGGUGUCAAGGUCAUGUCCAACAAUAUCAACAUUCCCAAUGGUACUGCAACUCUUUCACAAGGUGCUUCGGACAUUCAAAUAUUAAACAAUACAAUGAUGACAUCACGUGCAGGAUGUUAUGUAUGUCGUGAAAGUAAAUGUGUCAGCGUAGAAGGAAAUGAUUUCCUAGGGAUCACACAAUCUAAAUUUGGAGAAUCAAAUGAUUGUCAAGAUGUUGUUUGUAAAAAUAAUCAUGGUAUUGAUACUCAUCAUCAACAUCAACCACCUCAACAACAUCAACAUCAAAUGUAA